AUGCCGUUCUCAAAAAAUUUCCCCUUUUUGCUCGGUUGCUGGCAAAGGGUGGGGGAAUCAGGGGAAGGAAAUUUGAUGGGCACUGAUUAUUCGAAUGCCUCAUUUGGACUUUCCUUGAGAGUCCUGCUUGCGGUUCGUGUUUUGAGGUUGAAGACGCUUACUCCAGUGAGCUAUGCUGAGAUGAUGAAUGGAAAGAAGAGGGAAUCCUUGAAGGUCGUCGAGAUUCAUUUGAAAGAAGGCUCACAACCUGAGAUUUAUGCAGAAGAGCUUCAAAUGCUUCAGGGUAACUGGCAGAAGGAAUGGAAUUUGUCCUUGAAUGGACAAACCUGUCACCAGUGCAGGCAAAAGGCACUUGGUCUUCACACGACUUGCUGCAAAUGCAAGUUGGUCCAAGGUCAGUUCUGUGGGGACUGCUUAUUGAUGAGAUACGGAGAGAAUGUGACUGAAGCCAACCAGAAUCUUGAUUGGAUUUGCCCUCCUUGUCGGGGGAUAUGUAAUUGCAGUCUUUGCAGGAAGGAAAAGGGUUGGUUACCAACUGGUAAUCUUUAUAGAAAGGUGACUCAUCUGGGUUUUAAGUCCGUGGCACAUUUUCUCAUUCAAACCUGCCGUGGUCAGUCUCAUCCAGAAGACUCACCUGCUGAAGAAAUGCAGCCUUCCAUUCCCUUACAACUUGAGAAUGCUUCUGAACACCAACUUGGAGUUUGUAAUGCUCCAAUUACAGAUCCCAAAGGUAGCAAAGGAGUGAGAGAUGACAAUGAGCUAACUGAAGUGGAAGCAAAGAUGUAGGAUGCAGCCGUGAUCCAAAUGGUUUUUGUGAUGCUCCUGAAUGAUUCUCCUUCACAUUGGAGUACAGCCCGUAAAGAGAAUACUGCCCGAGGCUGGAAACCUCGUACCAGGAGUUGAGCGUUUCCAGGUACUUAUCAGUACCCGAGAAUGCCAACUGUAUGUUGACCUCGCAAUCAACAGAUCCGCCAUGGCUUCUACACUUCUUGGUUGGAAUUGCACAGUCCUGUUCAUUAAGGCAGCGAAACUCACCAGAGCACGAACCACACCCGAAUUUCUUCCAGUACAAGUUUACAAGGGUACCCGUCUGGAACUCAAGAACCUGCAGGAGAAAUAUUGCAUCCAGAAAAGCAAAGAGAGAUCUUCAGCAAAUACUACUACUACUACUACUACUACACAGGAACAAGAGACCGAUCAGACUUUUCCCGUCGCGCGCGCGGUUUCACUUACCAAAGUGAAGCUGGUUAUGCUCAUGGUACCAUCAGCCACAAGAGUUGGCACUGAUCUCGCCGCAAAGUUCCUCCCAGCAAAUGCUACCAUGAACCCACCUGCCUUUGCCUUUAAGGGUUUCAAAAUCACACAGACAGAACACAAAAAGCGUACCGGAUCGAACGUGGUGCUGUUGAUGGUGAGCAGCGAGAGCUGGUCGACCUGCGGCCGAAACACGGCGAGCUGGGCAUGCUUGGACGCCAAGGCGAGUCGCCGGUCGCAGGGGGAGAACUGAACCUCCCCCGCGAAGAAGGAAGCGUUGGCGGCGAACGCCAGGCCGAAGGAGAAGCCGUCGGACUUCGCCACGGUGGCGUCGGAACACGGAUCGAAGACAGGGUUGCUUUCGUCGGCUGCAUUCGCCGUGUUCGUCGUGGACAGCAAGAUAGCCAAUAUGGUUGUGGUGAACGCCAUUCUCGUCCUCUCGAGCUCCCGCAUUUUCCCCAUCACGUCUAAACAGACCGCCACGAAUGCAACACGUGAAAGAUGAUUGAAAUGAAUUUUGGUCCUGAUGACUGAUUGUACGAGACAAUGGAGAUCUCAAAGGGAAGGCCAAAUUGACAUGAUUUGUUUUUUUGUUUCUGUUAUGAAUUCGUGGGUUUUUAGGAUCGCCAUGAAUGGGAGAAUCUGGAGAUUUGAAACAAAUGGAGAUUGGACGAAUUAGUGGUGACUGGGUGUUGGAUUGGAAGGAAGACCUUUUUAUUUGUUGCCUUGUUCUAAGGAGAAAGUGGGAGUUACUGUUUUUUCGGUUUUCUCGUACUUAGCUUUUUUUCCUCAUUGAUCGUUCACAAUUUGGAUAUAAAGCAUGGGUUGAUGUUGUUUAAAGAG